UACAGCCUCGCUUUAAUUCCCAUUGAAAAUUAAAUAUGGCUCUACUGUGAAUAAGAUCUAUUGUCUUCUGAUUAAGCAUAUUUUUAUUCUGUGUGAAAUAGCCUAUGUAAAUGUUUUUAUGGUUUAACUGAAGAAAAAAGCAGACAAUAUCUGAUCCGAUGUUCCAGCACAUUAUUUAACUGACACCUAGCGGCUUGGGAUGCAGCAUAAUUUAAAAUCAAUAGUUUCAGAUGCCACUGUAGAAAUUUAGUAAUCAUAGUCAGCCAUGAUUACUUUAAUCAAUGAGUGAAAGUGUCAAAUAACAGGAUGUUUACUGAGAUUAAGCCAGUAAUAUUUGGCUGGUCAUGUGAUUCUAACAUGGCAGACCCCAUGUGUGGACCCUCUCCAUAUAGAAUAAAACCGCUUGUAUAAGGUUACAGAUAUGACUGGAGUGUUCAUUUUAAUGUGAGUGGUCAUGAUUUCCUACAUAUAUCACAAAAUUACAAUUCAUUGUCUUUGGGAGUUAAACUUUUAUAAUGAGUUAAAAUUACUGAUUGCGCCUUUAACGUGCAGAUUUUCGAUAGUAUGAGUGUACAUGGAGAGGCGGGAUAUGGGAGGUGGCUAACUAAUUCCGAUGCACAGGUGAACGCUAUUUAAUGAGAUGCUUUUGGACAUUAGUGACUGCUCAGACUUUAGUUAGACUACUGCUUCCUUUUACUCGGGUAUCUUUUUAUACAUAUAUAAAGAAAAGCAACAUGGUUUCACAGCUGGAAAAUGCAAUGGAAGGCCUCAUUAAAGUCUUCCAUACAUACUCUUCCAAAGAAGGAGACAAGUACAAACUAAGCAAAGCUGAGCUAAAGAGCUUACUUCAGGGAGAACUUGGUGACUUUUUAGCAGCAAGUAAAGACCCCAUGGUUGUGGAGAAGAUAAUGUCUGAUUUGGAUGAGAACCGGGAUGGAGAGGUGGACUUCCAGGAGUUUGUUGUUCUGGUGGCUGCUCUCACAGUGGCAUGUAAUGAAUUCUUUGUAGAGAGCAUGAAGAAUUAAAUGAAGUGUCUGUCUUCCAUGUUUCUCCUCAGUUGCAUUUUCACUUGCAAGAGACCAUUUUGUAAAUGUUAUCAGAAAUAAUGGUUCUGGAUGUGA